UUCCCUCACCUGUUUGCCUUGUGGGCCAUCUAACCUGUCGUUUCAAGCUCUGAUAUUUUCUCAAGUCGUUUGCUUCCUUUGUGCUUUAUUGAUGCAGUAUCAAUCCUCGUAACAACGCUGCCAAACACCACCCGGUGAUCCCCAAGCUAUGAGAGUUGACUGGACUUCCGCUCAAUUGCACUCCACUGCUGCUCUCUUAUCCCGUUCCCGUCAACGUCCUGCAGGCAGCACCGCCCCGGCAGGCCGUGGGACGGCACAGUCAAAGUAGAAGACGAACUUUAACCCGGGAACUGCCUAUCCACUCUUUAUUACUUACCAGGCAGCGUCAUCAACUCGUGGUUGCUGUUUACUUUACCCCUCUCUCUGAGAUGUCGAACACGGAUACGAUGGUCUCCUUGGAUCCAGAAGACUCAGCUCAGAUACUCGAGAUGGUUGAGGAACUCUCGUUUGAGACAUUGUCGCCAAUUGCUCCGGACGCAGUCUUUGGCAGCGCUAGGAAACGGUCCCUGAGCAAGUCAAAAGAACCGUCCCGCCGUGACUCUCAAACUCUACCCUGGAAGACUUCCAUGCGCCACCCAAAUGCCAGGAAAGAGAGCAUCGACGUCAAUAGCUCUUCCCCACCAUCGCAGCCUUCCAGGUCUGAGAGUCCUGACAUCGACACCAUCCUCGCCAAAACUCCGCGGCCUCGCAGGACGUCUUCUGUUGGCUUGUUCUUGUCCCCACACUCUCGGAACAACGCAAGUCCUACGGCUCGCCAGGAUGGUCUUCCUGAACAGUCUCUGAGUUCGAUAUACAGCUCAUUAUUCGGGGAUGAGUCUGAUGGCGAGGGAGGGGGUAGCGAGUCUGAUUCGAGCAUCGACAUUCACACACCUUUACCGUAAGUGCCGCAUGUGUGGCA